UUAUAUCCAAGGCACGGUGCAAAGGACUUUUCAGUUGGUAAUCGCCACGCGAACAAGCUCGCAUCUCUCGCUCUCCCUGUUUGAGAGUCGCGGCGAGGAGAUUUUUUAUUCGACAUAGCAUUGGAAGUGCUACAUUGUGCGCGCUGUGCAUAGGUUGAAAAAACGUUUUUUUAGCUCCAACGAUGCGGUAAUAUUCGUUCAAAAGAAAUAUAUUAAAAUUUCGUAGUUGAAACGAGGGUUCGAAUCAUGAACGUUUUUACGAGCAAGUCUACACUUCUCAUCCUCCUGGUGCUUUUUACGCACAAUGGCGCUUUUUCAAUUGAAAAUUUCGAGUUUGAAAAUGAUUAUCGACUGCCAAAAUCUAUCAUACCGAGAAAAUACUUUAUAAAUUAUGAUGAAAUUGAUUUUAUUGCGGACACCUUUAAAGGUUCCGUCGAAAUACAUGCUGAUGUCAAAGAGAAAACAAAUAAAAUUUCACUUCACAAAGGAAAGUAUUUAAAUAUAACAGAUGUGAAAAUUAACAGUUCGAUUAAAAAAAAAGAUGAAAAGAUCAAUGACAAAGCCGAAACAUAUACAAUUUUAUUGGAUAGUGAAUUAAAAAAGUCGAUUCCACUUGUUUUUACGUUGAAUUUCCAAGGCAAAUUACGUGAUGAUAUGAUUGGUUUUUACAAAAGCUCUUAUAAAGAAAGCAAUAAAGAGAGAUAUUUGGCUGCUACUCAGUUUGAAAGUACACACGCCAGGCACGCUUUUCCUUGCUUUGAUGAACCUGCUUUAAAGGCAAAUUUUUCAGUGACAAUUAAACCGCCGGGUGACAAUUAUAUAUGCUUGAGUAAUAUGCCUCAAAUUUAUACAAGAAAAAAAAUCUGCAAAUUUGAACAGAGCGUUGAAAUGUCAACGUACUUGGUGGCCUUCAUAGUAGCUGACUUUGAAGCCGUGAAAGAUGAAAAAUUUGCAGUUUGGUCUCGUAGAGACGCCGUCGACCAAAGCAAAUAUGCACUUAAAAUCGGUCAGGCAUCGCAAGAUUAUUUUUCUAAGCACUUAAAUAUUUCCUACUCACUCUCGAAGAUGGAUAUGGUUGCUGUGCCGGAUUUUUCCGCCGGUGCCAUGGAAAAUUGGGGCUUGAUCACGUAUCGCGAGACAGCCGUACUGUACGAUGAAAAUCAUUCAUCGAACGCCGCAAUGCAAAGGGUGGCCUCGGUCAUCGUUCACGAGAUGGCCCAUCAGUGGUUCGGUAACCUCGUCACGCCUGAAUGGUGGAAUUAUUUGUGGCUGAGCGAAGGAUUUGCUCGUUACUACGAGUACAUGGGAACUCACGCGUUACAACCUAUGUGGGAAAUGGAGAAACAAUUUGUCGUGCAGCAGCAUCAAACAGCUUUGGCAGUUGACAGUCUUGUUGAUUCCAGUCCAUUGACUAGACGCAAUAUUACGACGCAAGAGCAAAUCGGUACGACAGGAGGUUCGAUAACGUACAACAAAGGCGCAAGCAUUAUCAGGAUGAUGCGACAUACCUUUGGCUCUAAUAUUUUCGACGACGCGCUGCGAAUUUAUCUGAAUGAAAGAAAAUACGCCAAUGCCUCUCCCGAUGAUUUAUGGGAAGCUAUAGAGAAAAGUCUAAUAAAACAUAAGGCCGAAAAAUUACCCGUUAAUGUCUCGUCUAUAAUGAAGACCUGGACUGAACAAUCCGGUUUUCCUUAUAUAUCGGUCAUGAUAAAGCAAGAUACCAUAACUUUAGAGCAGAAUCGAUUUUUAUUGCAAGAUCAAAACGAAGUCAGCGACGAUUUUAAAUGGUGGGUGCCUAUAACAGUUGCCUCUUCAGGCUGGAACAACGUCACCGAGAGGCAAUCUACAAAACCAGUUUUCUGGUUGAGCGAGAAGAAGAAAAGUGUUAAAAAUACAUUUGGAAACGAAUGGAUUAUUUUUAAUGUUCAAUCAGUUGGUUAUUAUCGAGUUUUGUAUGAUGAAGCUUCAUGGAAAAAAAUUUUAAGCAUCUUGAAUAGCAAAGAUUUCGAAAAAAUUAGCGUUGAAAAUCGAGCCGCCAUAAUCGAUGACUUGAUGAAUUUUGCAAGAGUCAAGAAAGUAUCGUAUGACUUAGUAUUUGAAGGACUAAAAUAUUUGAAAAGGGAAACUAGUUAUCUACCCUUCAAAGCUGCGUUCAAUGGUAUUGAUUAUUUGUCAAAAAAACUUAUUAAUGACUCUACAAUUGGAGAAUUUUUCCGCAAUCAUGUGCAAGCAUUACUUUCUAAAGCGUACAAAAAUUUAACUUUCAAUGAUAAACCUGAUGAUAAACAAUCAACAAUUUUACUUCGUCAAGAAAUAAAUAGUAGGCUUUGUAAUCUCGGGCAUUCAGAUUGCAUUUUGGACUCUUUGAAUCACUUUUACUCUUGGAAGAAUAGUAAACAAGGAAAAUAUUCUGUCCCGAAAAAUCAGAGAGGAGUCGUUUAUUGUACAGCUAUGAAAUAUGGUAAUGAAGAAGACUGGGAGUUCUUGAGACUCGCAUAUGACAAUUCUAAUGUAGCUGCUGAGCAAAUAGUAAUUUUAAAUGCACUAGGAUGUACGAAAGAUAAAAAACUACUGGAAAAACAUUUUCUCAAUGCACUAUCAGGAUUCUCAAACAGUGGCAUUCGUAAGCAAGACAUAAGUUAUGUUUUUAGUGGCGCCCAUUCUUCAAGCCCCGACAAUGCUGAAUAUAUUCUAGAUUUUGUCAAAAAUCAUAUCACUGAGUUACACAAAUACUAUAAAAAUUACGAAGAAAUUGUAAGCCUCAUUAAUGGAGCAGUGAAGAGUUAUCAAACUGAAAAUAUUCAUAGAAAAUUGAAAGAAAUGAUAGAGAAUCCUGGAGAACUGAAAGAUAAUGUAAAAUCUUUGAAUAAAUCGUUAAAAAUCGUUGAAGACGAACGAAAAUGGUUUGAAAGAGCUUACGCAGGUAUAUCAAAACUUGUUGCUCCUGAAAAUUAUAAUGUUUUGUAUCGUUUGCCAAAAAAUAUUCUUCCAAUUCAUUACAAUAUUGAACUUGAGCCUUUUAUCAAAGAUCCCAAUGAUUUUACUUUUAACGGUAAAGUCGAAAUAAUAGCCAAUGUAACCAAAAGUACUGAGAAAAUAGUUCUUCACGUAAAUCAACUUCGUGAUCUGAAUUUUAACAUUUAUGAAGAGGGCAAUAAAGAAAUUUUAAUUAAAAGUUUAGUACCAGAUGAUACUCAUGAUUUUGUGAAGAUAUAUCUCAAGUAUCCAGUAAGGAAUGGAACAAUAUUGAAAAUAGAUGCCACUUUUGUUGGAUAUUUGAAUACCGAAAUGCGAGGUUUCUAUAGAAGUUCAUACAAGAUAUCUGGCAAAACUAGGUGGUUAGCUGCUACGCAUUUGGAGCCAACAGGAGCCCGGAGAGUGUUUCCAUGUUUUGACGAGCCUGCUUUGAAGGCCACCUUUAAUAUAAGCGUAAUGGUUCCUGACAGUACCUAUACUGCCGUUAGUAAUAUGAACCGCAUAUCAAAAACAGGUAACUUGUGGGUAUUUGAAAAGACACCGCCGAUGUCGACGUACCUAGUUGCUAUCGUAGUUAGCGAUUUCCAAAAAAAAUCAGCGGAUGAACAGUCUAGUCCAACUCUCAGCGCAUAUGCCAAUCCUAAUGUGUACAAGCAAUUGGAAUAUGCGCUCCAAGUCAUGCGUCCAAUUGUAAUGUCGUUCGAAGAAAAACUCAAUUUCACUUAUACGCUUCCAAAGCUCGACAUGUUUGCUCUGCCAGAUUUUUCUUCCGGUGCCAUGGAAAAUUGGGGUCUCAUGACUUUCCGUGAGACUAAUUUACUAUAUGACGCGGAAAAAAUGUCGAGUAUCACAGCGAAGCAGUCUAUUCACAACGUCAUCGUUCAUGAAAUCACUCAUCAAUGGUUCGGUAAUCUUGUUAGUCCUCUUUGGUGGGAUUACGUGUGGCUAAGCGAAGGUUUCGCUCGAUAUUUCCAGAAUCACAUGUACUAUAAAGAUGCGGAGAAUUGGAAUUUGGAAGGUCAGUUCGUUGUCGAUCAUCUACAAACAUCAUUUUCCACAGAUGGUACGAACGGCACUCAUCCAGUUUCUGCCAAAGUUUACACUCCAAGCGAAAUUAAAGGAAUUUUUGAUAAAAUUUCAUAUGCAAAAGCUGCGAGUUUAAUCAGGAUGUUAGAAAAAUUAACUGGACCAACAGCUUUUUACGGCGCUCUUCAAGAAUAUCUGAAAAAUAGGCAAUACUCGUUUGGCACCCCUACUGCACUUUUUAUACCAUUCCAAAAACAAAUAGGAGGCGGUAAAUCAUUGACAAAAUUCGAUGUUAUCGAAGUUAUGAAUUCGUGGACAAAACAACCCGGAUUCCCCGUUGUGCAUGCCAGUUUUAAAAAUGGCUCGAUGACUUUAACACAGAAGAGGUUUUAUACCAGACCUCCGAAUAAUAGCAAUUCAAAAUCGAUUUGGAAUAUACCGAUUACGUACACAACCAGAACUGUUGCCGAUUUUUCUGAUUUCCGUGAUGUCUUUUGGCUAAAGGAUAAAACGGCAACCCUCGAAGUUCGCAAUGCUAAUAUUAACGAUUGGAUCAUAUUAAAUCUCCAACAAGCAGGUUACUAUCGCGUAAAUUACGAUGAGGCAAUGUGGCGUCUCAUCAUUUCCGAUUUGCACUCGGAAAGUCGGGAACGUAUCCACCCAAUAAAUCGAGCCAAUCUAAUCGAUGAUCUUUUCAACCUCGCCCGAGCUGGUGAAAUUGGCUAUGAUAUCGUUUUGUCAGCUACGGAUUACCUCGUUAAUGAGACUGACUAUGUGCCUUGGAAAGCUGCUUUGACUAAUUUAAAUUAUCUGACCAAACGUUUUGUCGGUCGGGGUUUUGUCGAGCAGGCAUACAAAGACUACGUCAUCAACCUUUUAGAGCCGAGUUUUAAAAGAUUAGGAUUUUUUGAUAAAAAAGAUGAUAAACAUACUGAUAUUUUACUUCGAAAAGUCGUGCUCGAAACACUUUGCGCCUUCGGUUAUGAAAAAUGCAUCAAUGAAGCCAAAAAAUUAUUCGAAGAGGAGCGAAAACAAGUUAUUCCAAUUGUUCCACCUAAUCAACAGCUGUUUGUUUAUUCAGCUAUAGCUAGACAUGGUGAUGAACGAAAUUGGAAUUAUUUAUAUAAAAAGUUUACUGAUUCUAUUUACGCAACUGAAAAAUCGACGCUUAUAACAGCUCUUGCAUGUUCCAGUAAACCUGAUCUAUUAAACAAGCUUAUGGAACUAGCUAUUACACCUGAUUCGGAAAUAAGAUUACAAGAUGUUCAAAAAGUUUUUAAUAAUGUCAUUGAUGGUGGUCCAGUGGGGGUGAAUGCAGCAUUAGAUUUCAUCAAUAAAAGUUAUGAAGAUAUGUAUAGAUAUCUCGGUGAUUAUAGCGUUGCCAAAAGUACUAUAAGUACAAUUUCAAAAAGACUGUCGACUCAAGAACUCGUUGACAAGUUUAAAAAGUUUACAAAAGAUAAUCUAAAACGGAUGGAAAGCAUUAAAAAAACGCUGCAAUCGAGCGAGAACCGAGCUAAAUUCGAACUGGACUGGUUCAAUGAAAAUGCAAUGAAAAUAGCUAUGUCGAUUGAUACAAAAUUGUUUACAAGGAAUCCAUAUAGAUUACCUGCGGUUGCCAUUCCGAAACAUUACGACAUCAGCUUAAAACCAGAUUUUGAGACAUUUACUUUUAAUGGAUCCGUGAAAAUCAACAUUCUCGUGCAGGAAGACACAUAUACGAUAACAUUGAACGCAGCUGACAUGGAUAACAUCCAAGUAUAUUAUAAUGAAGUAAAGGUUGCACACAAAUAUGAUUCAACUAAUCAAUACUUGAGAAUAUAUUUUGCUGAGGAACUUCAUGCUAAGGGGCUCAUUUGGUUGAAUAUAUCCUACAAAGGCAAUCUACGCGAUGAUAUGAAAGGAUUUUAUAGAAGCCAUUACAUUAAUGAAAAAGGAGAAAAAAAAUGGUUAUUGAGCACCCAAUUUGAACCAUCUUACGCUAGAAGAGCUUUUCCAUGUUUCGAUGAACCAUCAUUCAAAGCAACAUUCAAAAUAAGAAUAUCAAGACCUAAUAAUCUGAGCACAUUGAGUAACAUGGGAUCAAACCCGAAAACAACACCCGAUGUGGAAGGUCGAAGUUGGGACGAGUAUGAAACCACUGUAAACCAAAUGUCGACGUAUUUAGUUGCUUUUGUAGUUUCUGAUUUUGUUAAAACUACCGAUAUACAAUCAAGAGUUAACAUAUGGUCCCGGAAUCAAUUGAAGGAUUACAUGAAGGAAUCGGUGCGCAUUGGACACAAUGCUUUGACAUAUCUCGAAAAAUUUUUACAGAUCAACUACACAUUUCCCGAGAUGAACUUCGUAGCAGUACCGGAUUUUGAUAUGGGUGCCAUGGAGAACUGGGGACUAGUAACUUAUAGAGAAUACGGACUUACCUACGACUUAUCUAAAAUCUCAGCGACUUACAAAAGAUAUGUCGAAACAACCGUUGCUCAUGAGUUAGUACAUAUGUGGUUUGGAAAUUUGGUCACAUGCGAUUGGUGGGAUUACACAUGGCUCAAUGAAGCUUUUGCUGAGUAUCUGUCUUAUGUCACUAGUGAUGCGAAUCAACCAACGUGGAAGUUGAUGAAACAGUUUGUCGUAAACAACUUGCAUUCGGCGCUUGCAGCUGAUGCCAGCGGUACAUCUCAUCCGAUGAAUAACAAAGUUUUAACUCCGAGAGAGCUUCAAGAUGGAUUCGACAGCAUUGCUUAUGCUAAAGGUUCCAGCAUUUUAAGAAUGAUAGAUCAUAGUUUUGGACCAAAAGUUUUCCGUUUAGCUUUGAGACUCUAUCUCGAGAAGCACAAGUACAAAAAUGUACAUCCUCAGGAUUUAUACAAUGUAAUAGAGAAUAAAAUUGCAGCCGAAAAGAUCAAAAUACCCGGUGGUUUGAAGGUUAAUUCUUCAACUGUCAUAGACAGUUGGACGUCCCAAUCUGGUUACCCAGUUGUUAACACCAAGCGCUAUGGUUCUACUAUCGAAAUCUCACAGGAGAGAUUCUACAUAUCACAACCCGAAAAUGGAAUUAAAAAUAAAACUUUGUACUGGAUACCCAUUACUUACAUGUCCGAGAGUAAUGCAAACUUCAGUCAUACAUUGCCUUACACUUGGCUGCAUGGCACCGUCGAAAAUCUUUAUGUAUUCCCAACUGAUAAAUGGUAUGUUUUGAAUGUUCAACAAGUCGGAUUUUAUCGCGUCAAUUACGAUGACGCCAAUUGGAGGGCUUUGAUUCGGGUACUUAAUAGUCCAAAUUACCAACAAAUCGAAGAAGUCUCGCGAGCUCAGUUGAUUGACGAUUCUUUCAAUUUGGCUCGAGCUGGUUAUAUAAAAUACGAGAUCGCUUUGGACAUUAGCAAGUAUUUGUCUCAAGAAACAAUGCUUUACCCGCUAAAAGCGAUGAAUUCAGCCUCAGAUUAUCUUGGACGUAGAAUAGAAGCAAGAGAAGACGUGAAAAAGCUUUAUUCAAAGCAUAUUUUGAAUAUUCUUGAUAAAGCUUAUAAAAAGUUAGGCUUCGAAGAAAAUAUGAGUAAGGACUCUCACUUGGAUCAACUAACGAGAGAAAUUGUUCUCAAAUUGGCUUGUAAAUAUGGACAAGAAGACUGCAUUAAAAACGCUAAAUCAUAUUUCUCAAGUGAUUUCUCAAGAAUUACUCCCAACAUAGCAGGAGCUGUUUAUUGUACUGCUAUCGAACAUGGAUCAGACAGCGAUUGGAAUAUUUUGUGGCAGAAGUUCAAGGCUGCCAACUUGGCUACAGAUUACCUUACAAUUCUCAGAGGGCUUGGUUGUUCGAGAGAAGAAUCUGUUUUAACAAGAUAUUUAGAUUAUGCUAUUGAAAAAGAUUCACCUAUUCGAAGACAGGAUAUAGGAACAACUUUUUCAUCGAUAUACUCGUCUAGUCAAAUUGGUAUGCAGACCACGUUGAAAUAUAUCCUUCAAAAUCCUGAAAAAUUGAAGAAGUAUUAUGGAAAUUGGGAAGAUGUCAGUGGUCUCAUCAAAAAUGUCGCUGGUUAUAUCACAACGACGAAGCAAUUGGAUAUGCUAAAAAAUGCUAACACAAACAUAAAUUCAGAGUUUGAAGAUGCUGUUAAAUCUGCAAUCAAAUCAGCGGAAAAAAAUCUGAAGUGGUUUGAUGACAACGUUGAUGAAAUAUACGACUGGCUAAAAACAAAUUAUGACAGCAUCACAUUUAAAAGUUUGUGAGCAAGAAGAGCAGUUGGAAUGAAAGUGUACAUAUUAAUAUUAAUUUUAAUACGAAGAA